AUGGCAACCUCAAACUACAGUAGCUCCCUGUCAUCCACAUUCUAUCUCACAGGUAUCCCUGGCUAUGAGGAAUUUCACCACUGGAUUUCCAUCCCCUUCUGCCUCCUCUACCUUGUUGGAAUAAUGGGCAACUGCAUCAUCUUGCAUAUAGUCCGGACAGACCCCAGGCUGCAUGAGCCCAUGUACUACUUUCUGGCCAUGCUUUCUCUCACUGACAUGGGCAUGUCCCUGCCCCCAGUGAUAUCACUUUUCAGGGUGCUGUGGUCCAUUUCCAGGGAGAUCCAAUUCAAUAUCUGUGUAGUCCAAAUGUUUUUGAUUCACACUUUCUCCUUCACAGAAUCAUCUGUGCUUUUGGCCAUGGCCCUGGACCGAUAUAUAGCUAUCUGCCACCCCCUGCGGUAUGCUACCAUUCUCACCCCAAAACUGAUUGCCAAGAUUGGGAUUGCAGCCCUGCUCAGGAGUGCUAUUCCACUAAUCCCACUUCUGGUUCAUCUGACCUUCUUUCGCUUCUGUCACUCGCAUGUCCUUUCUCAUUCCUAUUGUCUGCACCAGGACAUAAUCCGCCUUGCCUGUGCUGACACUAAAUUUAACGUAAUAUAUGGAUUGGUUGUGAUUACUAUGCUAUGGGGCCUGGACUCUCUGGGUAUUUUAGUGUCUUAUGCUUUCAUCCUUCAUUCCGUGUUAAGAAUUGCAUCCCGUGAAGGGAGACUAAAGGCACUCAACACAUGUGCCUCCCACAUCUGUGCUGUACUCAUCCUCUAUGUCCCUAUGAUAGGGCUAUCUAUUGUCCAUCGUUUUGCCAAGCAGUCCUCUCCCUUCAUCCACAUUCUCAUGGCUCAUAUCUACUUAAUGCUUCCACCAGUGAUCAACCCAAUCAUCUAUAGUGUGAGAACCAAGCAGAUCCGCCAAGGGGUCCUCCUCUUGUUUUCCCCCACAAAAAUUAGUUCUACUUUGAUGUAG